AUGCACAUUCGCAAUCGUAUGCUCAGGUAAGCCCCGGGAAGGCGAUUGGUACUGAAAGAUUUGUGAAGAAACGGCUAAACAGCCACCUACUAGCAGUUACCUGUCCCGUUGAAGAGUUACUUGCCUAGCGACGGCGCAUCAAUGCGUGCGCGGUGAAAUGCAAGCCACUUCCCCUCGAUUCGAUCAAGCUCGCCAGGUGUGCGGGUGCAUGCAGUAGUGCAUGGCAUGAUCUUGCAGUGGUCUUGCACCGAUCUUCGCAGAUGGACACUACACCGGCCGCAUCGCGCGCGGCGUCGUGCACGAACACGACAAGAACUUUUUCCUCAGCACCAUUGAUCACCUAUCGUACGACACCGUCGACCUCUUAGCGCCUAUACCAAUCCUAGCACAAGAAGCCGACGAGUUCAUCAACGACAACCAAAACUACAAUGGCCAAGAUGGAUCGAGGCCAGCGCCUGGAAGGCGUCGACCGGCAACGAAGGAGCACAACUGCGGCGCGAAAGGGCAAAGCGAGGGUGCGUAUCAAUGUCAAUUGGGCCAAGCCUACAUAUCACACCAGCUGAUGGACACGUACCGCGCUUUUCUGUAUUGCAGACGAUCUUGCCCGCGGUUCCCGAGGACGAAUCGCUGGGCAGCGUUCCCGUCCGUUCAGAUCGCGAACGAGUCGUCGACGGGUUUUCCUCUGGCGCUGA